CAUUGCACCUGCACACGGCCGCCUCUGUGCAUCUUGCCUCUCCAAAAAAGUUGACACCUCUCCUCUCUGGAGACACUCAAUUCUGGGCGAAUCCACCCUUGCCUUUUGACCCUCGAGGCGCCGCAUGCUUUCAUCUCAUAUUACUUCUUGAGAUUCAUCCACCUCUCUCAUCGUGAACUUAUAGUUCUCGUUUACAUUCCUUCCCAUCUUCCCUUCCUUCCUCCACUUCUACACACCAACCACCCUCAUAAUGCGAUCGUUCAAAGCGCUGGCCGCCACGGGCUUGACCCUUGCGGCUCUCGCCUCCGCAAGCGAUGUCCAUGACCUAACCGCAGAUACCUUUAAGCAGUUUGUGUCGGACAACGACCUAGUCCUUGCAGAGUUCUUUGCUCCUUGGUGCGGCCACUGCAAAGCCCUCGCUCCCGAGUAUGAAGAGGCUGCCACCACGUUGAAAGAGAAAAAUAUCGCCUUGGUCAAAGUCGACUGCACCUCCGAAGGAGACCUAUGCAAAGACUACGGUGUCGAGGGAUAUCCCACAGUCAAGGUUUUCCGUGGCCUUGAUAAUAUCAAGCCAUACACUGGAGCCAGAAAAGCCCCUGCGAUUGUCUCGUACAUGACAAAGCAGGCUCUUCCUGCUGUCUCAAUCCUCACUGCCGAUACCCUCGAAGAGUUCAAGACCACAGACAAGGUUGUCGUUGUAGCUUACAUUGCUGCCGACGAUAAAACAUCCAACCAGACAUAUACGGCCCUCGCCGAGUCAUUACGAGAUGACUACAUCUUCGGCGCCACUAACGACGCCGCUCUUGCCACCGCCGAAGGUGUCAAGCAACCCUCGAUUGUACUUUAUAAGGAGUUCGAUGAAGGCAAGAACAUUUUCUCUGAGGCUUUCCAACAAGAAACCAUUUCGUCCUUCAUCAGCACGUCUUCCACUCCCUUGGUUGGCGAAGUUGGCCCAGAGACUUAUGCAGGGUACAUUAACUCUGGUAUUCCUCUCGCCUACAUCUUUUCCGAGACUCCAGAAGAACGUGCAUCUCUUGCCGAUGAACUUCGAUCCCUGGCCGAGAAACACAAAGGAGUGAUCAACUUUGCGACCAUCGACGCAAAGGCCUUUGGCGCGCAUGCUGCCAACCUCAACCUACCAACGGAUCAGUUUCCUUCUUUUGCCAUCCAAGACACGGUCAAGAACGAGAAGUUCCCCUUCGAGGGCAGCUCGUUGACCGCCGACAAGAUUGGUGCUUUCGUCAAGGACUUUGUUGACGGCAAGAUUGCACCCAGCAUCAAAUCCGAACCCAUCCCAGAGACACAGGAAGGCUCAGUCACAGUCGUUGUCGCUCAUUCCUACAAGGACAUCGUUUUGGACGACACCAAGGACGUUCUUUUGGAGUUCUAUGCCCCUUGGUGUGGACACUGUAAAGCCCUUGCACCAACCUAUGAGAAACUCGGCGAGCUCUACUCCAGCCCCGAGUUCUCUUCCAAGGUGACUGUCGCGAAGAUCGAUGCCACUUUGAAUGAUGUUCCUGAUGAGAUCUCGGGAUUCCCCACUAUCAAGCUCUAUCCAGCUGGUGCCAAAGACUCGCCGGUCGACUACUCUGGCUCUCGUACCUUGGAGGACCUUGCCGCCUUUAUCAAGGAUAACGGCAAGCAUGGUGUGGACGGCCUCGCAGCUCAAGCGGCGGAUGAGGACGUCGAGAUGGAGGAUGUCUCCACCGCUGCUGGCGAGACGCAGGCCAAGGCCGCUCCUGCUGCAACCACUGACGGUGAAGGUAUCGUUGAUGCCGUCAAAAGUGCCGUCAGUGGCGCCGCCGAGGCCGCGUCGACCUUCGUGGCCGACGACGACGUUGGAGUUGCAGAGCACGAUGAAUUGUAAAAUAACUUACUCCAUCCUGUCCAUCUUUGGGAUUGUACGUGGUCAGGUUUUGGUCACGUCAUCGUGGCAAUCUCAUAUAACGCUGUAAAAUCAUCAUUUGAUACUAUGACUUUGUG